AUGGCUUCUGGUUCCGAUCAAGCAAGUGAUGCUUCAAGUGCAACAGUUGCGAGCGACGACCCUCCUGCCGUUCUUUGGACUCCAACAACCAUUGCGAAUUCCAAGGCAAUCUGUAGUAGUACUGUGAAAAAGUCUGGUGAUUCAACUUUCAAUUUUAUAUGUCACGUUAAACGUCAUCACAUGAAUGAAUAUACUACAUGGUUGGACAAAUUGGCUUUGAAAGAAGAGAAAAUUUUGUCUCAGAAACCAGAUAUCAAAACAGCAAUGACAAGUCCGCGUGGAACGAGACAUUCAAGUGACCAUUCGCGACAAAUAGAAUUGUCAAGAGUGGUCACACAUGACUUGAUCAUUUGA